AUGUCAAGCAGACCAGACCACUCCGAUGAUGGCCAAACCGCUUCGGACCACGAUUCGCGUCCCAGAAGCAUCUGUAACAGGUAGUUCUGGCAAUUUUGCGCAUUAAAUUACACUUGGUCAUCAAAAUUUCCGAAAAACCCACAAAAUUUGACCAUUUUUCGGAAAUUUUGAUGACUAAAUGAAUACGAUUUGUUGUCAUUAUCGAAUUCGCAAUCCUAGGCCAAAAACUACCGGGCAGUUCCUCCACGAUUACUCUCCGGAUGACCCGACUUUGGACGACUUUACUCGCCGAUUGUGCACGAUGAAUGUGUAUCGAGUGUUCUUCGAUUACACGACGGUUUUGCAACAGGAUAUGAAGGAGCCUUCGAGUGCUUUCGACAAGUACCCGGAGUUGAAUCGCUACGCCGAUAUUCGUUGCAUCGAUCAAACCCGAGUCAAAGUCCCGUAAGCCGCAGAAACUAGGGGUUACACGUCAAUCCAGCGCAUUUCCUGAACCGUUUCGAAACUUCGUAUCGUUUUCAUCGAUUUAAAAGAGAGACGAAGUGUCGCGAAAUUAUCGACACGUUUUCCCGCCCGAAAUAAUUGCUUUUUCUCGAAAAAGAAGAAGAAAGAUAAGAAAAUACUUUUUAUCGGAUAGUGACAUUUCGUUUUGAACGAAUCACAAAAAAGGGGCGGGAAAUUUUUUCUUCUAUUUUGGAUUGACGUGGGUUAGAACUUGUCUUAUUAGCGGACUAGAGGACCUGUAGUCUCCUCAGGCCAUCUAUGAACUGAGUUAUGGUCGAAAUAUCACUCUGUCGGGAAAAUAAUGAGCAUUCUGUUGCAUCGCAAGUCGCAUCGCUGAAGUGAAAACCAAUUUGAUUUUGCUGCGACACAAUUCCUUUUCACUUCAGCGAUGCGGCUUGCGGUGCGACAGGGUGCUCAUUAUUUUCCCGACAGACUGAUAUUUCGAUCAUAACUCAGUUCAUAGAUGGUCUGAGCAGACUACAAGUCCUCUCGUUCGCUAAUAAGACAAGUCCUAACCUCCAAUUUUCAGCUGUCCCGGCGCCACCCACGACUAUAUCCACGCCAAUUAUGUUGAUGGAUUCCGCGAGCCCAACAAGUUCAUCCUCACCCAAGCGCCCAUGCAAAAGACUGUCGAGCAGUUCUGGCACAUGAUUUGGAAAGAAAAAGCCACCAUCAUCUGCGGAUUGACCGUCAUCGACGGCGUCAAAUGCCCCAGAUAUAUUCCCGUUUCCCCCGGCACAAAGCUGACUUUCGGCCAAUUUACAAUCACUCAUGCCGGCACCCGGCAUGUUAGAGACACUUACGAUGCCACUGUGCUCUUUGUAAGUGGGGAAAUGGGAGGUUUGAGUGGUACAGUGGCGGACAGGAUCCAGUGGCAAAAAACGUACCAUUUUGCAUCUGAGAAGUAUCAAAAAUGUGGCAAAAUACGCGUUUUUGAUAACUCCCGGAUGCAAAAUGGUACGUUUUUUGCCACUGGAUCAGGUCCGCUACUGUAGCAGAAAGCAUUGCAAAUGAUUUUUUAUGGGCACCUUCAUGAACAAGGUGAAUGUAAAUUUUAUACGAUUUUAGCUGUCCAAGGAGAACGAACCUGCCAGAAAAGUCCUUCAUAUUGCUUUCUAUUGCUGGCCGGACAAAGGAACCCCUACUAGACCCACGGAGAUCCUUCAUCUCCUUGAGGAUAUCAAUUACAAUCGAAAAUUACUCACGGAUCAAGCUAUAAAGGCCAAAUGGCUGGGAGAGAACGAAAAGUAAGGCCGAAAAAUAGUCGUAAUUAAUUUCAAAUGUCCCAAUCGACCUAGUAACCCGUAUUUUUCCCUCUAGUUCCCCGAUUGUGGUCCAUUGUUUGGCGGGCGUGGGCCGAAGCGGCGCCUUGGCCGCACUCGACAUUUGCGCCCGCAAACUGGACGAAACCUUUGCCAAAUCGCAUGGCGCCAUGGUCGACGUCCGCGACACGGUCACCCGACUCCGCACUCAACGAGAAAUGGCCAUUCAGAAGCCGGAACAAUACCUUUUCGUUCAUCUGGCGGUGGUUGAGUACGCCCUGCGACAACGAUACUACAACAAUGUGGCAGUGGUGGAUAUCAGUCAAUUCACGGCGAAUCAUUAG